UGGUGUAGGUAAUACAUGUACUUCAAUAUGAAGCGUAUAGUUGAUUUGUAACUAAGGAGAAUAUAUGUAGCGGCUCGGUUCUGGUUGUGUUCCACGGUCGGUGCCACGGUACUAGUCAGCGAGGUUUCUUACUGGGCCGGAAAAGUAAGCAUAUUGGAGCCAUAACUUGCAGCAAAUCGUGGGAAAGGAGUUUGACGUGAUGAAUAAGAUAGUACACGAGGGACCUUCCGCUACCAAACCGGCGCACUGGGACACUUCUCCCGCACCUAACUUCCACACAUCGCUAUUAUUUAAAGCUCUCCUCCUCGCUUCUACACUAUCUCGCUCUUUCUCUAAUAUCAGUGAGCAAAAUUCACGCACCAUGCGUUUACCUACAUUUAUUGCUAGCGUCUUCGUCGCAGCUACGCCCAUCGUCGCCACCCCAAUUCAGUCUCUCUCGCUCGCUGAAGGCCCGCCCGGAAAUGUCUUCGAUGCCAAUGCGAAGAUCUAUUCGCUCAAGGAUACCGGGAUAGGCAACAUUUAUAUCAUCACCGAUAAGAUCGACGGCUAUUUCAUGAGGCCAGUAAGCUUCCAUGUCGAGCAAGACUAUGUCUGCAAGUUCUACAGCGAAUCCACCCGCGGCAUCGGCUCCCUUAUUGGGACCUACGAAGGCCCUCUAGAUGGCACCUUCGGCGAUGACUGGGCUGCCUUCUACCAGUGCUCGCAAAUCGCUGGCAAAGCCGUUCCCAAGGUACGUGUGAUUGGUUUAUACCCAGCAGGGCGUUUUACGUGACGCUAAAGUAGUUCCCAAAGCUUCUGUGAUUGCUAAACGAUCAAUGGAAGCGUUGCAAAGCGUUGCGGGCCUAUGCUGGAUCAUCUUUCAUCUGCUAACGAUAUCACAGGCUCCAGUGAUCGCCGUCAGGGAGGUUAUUCCUUGCGGAUACGUGCGCACUCCCAC